AUGUAAAUACAAAAUAAAAUUGGAGAAGGAUUGUUCGGUCAAAUCCACAAAUGCUUAACUGUAGAAGGAGACACUUGUGCUAUAAAGAUUUAUAAAGAAGGAUGUCCCAAAAAAUUAAGGGAAAAAGAGAUAAAGAUUCUACAAUCAAUUAGUCACACAAAUAUUUAGAAAAUUGUGAAGUCAGAUUGUGAAUACAAAUGGUUUAUUACAGAACUCAUGAAUUAAGAUCUUUAUUCAGUAAUCACUAAACGUGGCAUUCUCUAAUAGAUCACUAUUAAAUAAAUUCUAUUACAACUAUGUAAUGGAUUGUCUUACUUACAUUCUAUUGGCUAUGUUCAUAGAGACAUCAAGUUAGAGAAUGUAAUGGUGAGUAAAGAACCUAAUCUAAAAAUUAUUGACUUUGGUCUAUCUGUCUAUAUUGAGUCUAAUAAACUAUAUCCAAGACAUUGUGGAACUCCCACCUAUAUGGCUCCUGAGUUAAAUUUAGAAGACAAACUAAUUAUGGGAGAAAUUCUGAAGAAAUCUGAUGUGUUUGCACUAGGUGUAUUAAUUUUCAUUCUUUGUUAUGGCUGUCCUCCUUUCACCAUAGCAAAAUCUAUUGAAUGUAAAUUUUGGCAAACCAUAGAAUAAAAAAAAUGGUAAACCUUUUGGAAUUACUUUGACAAAAAAAUUAUUAGAUCAGAUUAACAUUUUAAGGAUUUGAUCUAAAAUAUGUUGGAUCCUGAUCAUAAAACAAGAUUCAAAAUUGAAUAAGUCAAGUAACAUUAAUGGAUGAAUGAUGAAGGAAAUUUAAAUGAACUAUUAUGA